AUAAUCAGUUGAACAGGCGCUAAAGCAGGAGGUAAAGCAAUAUCAGCAAAAUAUUUCAAACAUUUUUUUCCGAUUUCAUCGGACUGUAAAGUUUAGUUUUUACAAAUCGACAUGGGCGACGAACGAGAGAUAAAAGAUGCCUUUGAUGCAGCAGUUGCAUUGGUGAAACAAUGCAGCGAAAUAAUAGUGGACGGCUACCGUACCGCUUCCAUGCGGGUCGAGGUGAAAGGCAAACAUUGGGACCUAGUGACCGAGUACGAUCAACGCGUGGAGGAUGUGCUGAUUACCGGACUUCGAAAACGUUUCCCACAUCAUAGGUUUUGUGCGGAAGAAUCGUCGUUUGCAAGUGGCGAACAAGUUAAACUUAGUUCUGACCCUACAUGGAUAAUCGAUCCAAUAGAUGGUACAGUCAACUUCGUACGAGGAAUACCGUUCACGUGCAUUUCUGUCGCUUUAGCCGUUAAUGGUGAACUACAAAUUGGUAUCAUAUCUAAUCCUUCUAACAAUGAGCUUUAUACCGCUAUCAAGGGACAAGGAUCAUUCUUGAAUGGGCGUCGCAUCAAAACACGUGCCACGGAACAGCUAAAAGAUGCCCUCGUAGGCCACGAAUUUUCAAUAGGCAGUUAUUUACCAAUACGAGCAGCUCUAUUCGAACGAGGUCAACGAUUCAUUGCCGAAUGUUUGGGUUUACGUGCGUUCGGUUCUGCUGCCCUUUCCUUGGCAUAUAUCGCUAGUGGACAGAUAGACGCUUAUAGCAUACAAUAUCUAAAACCGUGGGAUAUAGCAGCAGGCGCAUUAUUGAUUCAAGAAGCAGGAGGCACAGUAACCAACAUUACUGGAGGGAAAUAUGACAUAAUGAAGCCCGAUAUUGUUGCUGCUAGUAGUAAGUCAUUGGCUAUGCAGAUACUGCAGAUUGUACGUGAAGUUGACAAUGAUUUAAAACAACUGGAACAAAUGUAAUAGUUGAGAAUUGAUCAAAUAUACACACAAAAUGUUUGCCAUCACUUUUGAAGUUUUUAAACACAUGCGAUUGCAAUAGUU